CGGGAGAGUGAUUCGGAGGAGAGAGAUAGGCUAGGGUGGGAGAGGAAGAGGGAAUCGUCAUUCGAAGCGCGGAAAGCCUCUGAGCAGCAGCAGCAGCCGCAGCCCGGUGAGCUUCGCCUCGUCCUCACGUUGUGCCACUUCUUAUCUUACAAUUCUAACCCGUCUGUUAAUGUGAAAAAAAAAAUACUGUAGCCAAGCUUACAUUUCACUGCAGAUAUACUUGGAAAUAAUCUCGACCUUUUGCAAGCGCGUGUUUCUCUUCUGCUCGGACGGAAUAAAGUCUCGACCGUGGCUGACAUUCUAACUAGAGAAAGUGUUCGUUGUGUGGCUGAAACAACUCCAAGACAGCGUUUAACUAGCCCUAUGAGAAUGGACUCACAGUGAAGUUAUUCUACAUCUUCAAAUCACACCAACACUCAGCCCCUCCCCCUGACCAGUCCCUCCCUCUAUAGGACUAAGGGAGGCGUGGAUUGGAUGGACCUCCACCGUCCCUCUUUUAAGAUGGACAGCUCCUCCUACCUGCCCAGUCCCCUGGCCUCCCCAGCCCUGAUGGUGCUGGCCUCCACAGCCGAGGCUGGCCACGAUUCCUCCAUCCCCUGCCAGGCCCCACGGCCUUUCGGUGUCCCCAUCUCCGAAAAGGACCUCCACCUCCCCUUCCCCUCCGGCUCCUACACAUUUGCCUCCAUGUACCACCGCCAGGGUCCCGUCUCCAGCCAUGGCACCUUCCCCGCCAGAGACUUCCCUGCCUCCCUGCUCCACCUCCACCCCCAGUUCCACCCCCCCAACCUGGACUGCUCAUCUCUAGAGAUGCUCAACCACAGCGGGGUGGGCGCCUUCAGACCCUUCUCCUCCCUGCCUGAGGAGAGGGAGGUCAGGGGUUAUCAGUCAGCCUUCACCCCUGCUAAGAGGCUCAAGGGCUGCUAUACCGACUCGGAAAGGAAGCAGUAUGAGUUUGGAGGAGGGCGUAUUCUGUCUGGUUCGCCGUGGUCGCUCAAAGCCGCUGAGGAUUCUGGGAGGAAGUUGUUUGCGGUGUCUGGCCUGCUGUCAGACAGUGAGGCCUUGUCUAGUAGUCCUGAGGACCGUAAGGAUGGCUGUAAGGGGAACCUUCUGUAUGACUCCCAGGCCCCAGUGUGUCCUGUGUGCCAUGCUGUGUUACGACCAGGUGAGCUACAGGAGCACAUGGAGCAGGAGAUGGGCAGACUGACACAGUUACAAAUCAGUAUUAAUUCAGUGCAGAGGGACAAUCCAUUAGGGGCUUCAAAGUCCCUCUCACUAUCUCUGCACAUUAAACGUGAGGGGGGAUCUCCCGCCUCUCCCCCCUGCCCACCUGAAGACCCCCACUCAGACAGAUACCAGACGUUUCUUCGUGUGAGGACCAACAGACAUACAAGACUGAAUGUCGAUUACCUCCGCUGGUGCAGGUGCUACGCCAAACCCACCCCAUUUCAUCUCCACAACGAAACUCCCCUAACCCCAGACAGCACACAAACUGUCAGGAUCGGCAAGCUGAAGAGGAGGAAAGCUGACGAAGUUCAGGACAUUUUGGUGGACUUGGGAGGAGAGGGGGAGCAGUGGAGGGAGCGGAGGAGGUUACAGAUGACCUCCAUGCUGGGGGGGUUUAAAGGGUCGGUAUUUGUGAGCAGCAGCACAUCUAAUGAGGGCCGUGGUGACAGUGAUGCUGACCUGGACGUUGAUGGAGACGACACCGUGGACUACGGACGAGCACAAUAUACAGAGGCAGACAUCAUCCCCUGUUCACAACGGGAGCCCGGGGAGGUGGAGGAGAGGAAAGCACCGAGGGGGGCUGUUUUAAAUGUUGGAACUCUGGACCGUUCAAAAUGGACAAAUGAGGGAUGUCCAUCCACCAGCAACGGGGAACGCAACAAACUGGACAACAGCAUUACCUCCGUACACAGGACCUGUAAAAACUGUGACAUAGAGAUGGUCUCUGAGGAUUCGGCACUCACGACGCUCGAUGCACUAAAAACCCGGAUACGAGACCUAGAAAAGCAGAUGUCCAGAGGAGACAGAUACAAAUGUCUCAUCUGUAUGGACACAUAUUCUACGCCCCUCACUUCCAUCCAGUGUUGGCACGUCCACUGUGAGGAGUGCUGGCUCCGCACACUGGGGGCUAAGAAGCUUUGUCCACAGUGUAACACCAUAACUUCACCCGGGGACCUGAGACGGGUGUAUCUGUAGCCCGGCGGGGCCGGGGAAGCACAGGCCUUUGAGGGGGACAUAAAGGGCAGCUGGCCUGUCAGAGAUCACCCUUGUCUUUGCACCUUAACCCCCCCACCCACCCACACACACACACACACACACACCUUCCGAACUGAGUAGGGGCGCACCUCAUGAAUAGAUCGUACCCAUGACUGGGUAUUGCACAACGAUCAGUCCUCAUGUCCUUUUGACGUUUUAGGUUUGACAUUUCACCUUUGGUUCGCCCAGCUGGAUGGUGUUCGUUUGUACCCUGCUCGCCUCCACCUGUAGUGAGCCAGGACAGUUCUAAGAGGAGGACUCUGUGCUCAAUCCGUUAAUCCCCGUAAGGUAUAUAGAUGAAAUAAAUGACAAGAACUGAAGUAUUCUCAGCGCUCAGGCACUGAAAGAAAGCUUUCAGGUGGAUGUAGAUCACUCUGGACUAUUAUUAUAUACUGUGUACUCUUUUUAGAAAUAAUAAUAGUCUGUUUUUAUCAAGAUAAAGCACAUGUAAAUAGUUUUGUGUAUGUUUUCAAUUGUGUAUGUGAAAAAAAGAUUAACACUCCCGUUGUGUUAACGGCCAUGUUCUUAUAAAGUCAUGUUUUUUGGUUAGUUCGGGUGGGAGGAAAGUGUGAACAUAACAAUUGUCAUAUUUUGAGAUUCAUUAUUUUGUGUUUUUGUCGUUUAGGUUGUGUUUCUUUGUACAGGAGUACAAAGUGUAAUUAAUCAAUGUUACAAAAAAAACAAUGUGUCUUUAAAAAAGAUGGUUAUUGCAUAAAUAAAUAUCUACACUA